AUAAUAACAAGUUCAGAAUGCAGAUAAACAAAUCACCAACGUAUUUAUUACCAGCGCAGCAUCUUUGCAUCUUAUUGCGUUUAGAUGAUUUGACGGAUUUCAAAAUGAGACUGCUGCGUUUCACAGCUUUUGCGCUGGUUGGCUUUCUGGUUGCCGCUCCCACCUCUAAAGAUGACAAAGGCAAGAAAGAUUUAGUAACACGUGAUCGCGAAGAACUCUUUAGAUAUAAGGCAGAACAUGAUAUCGUCAAGUUGGUUGUACCUCUUAACGCGUUACUUAAGACUGUCCCUUCUCAGAACACAUAUUGUCUUAACUUAAUGUUAUUCUUCGUUGAAGCUGAUGUCCGACCAGAUGGUAGCCGGAUAGAUCAAGGCUUGUACGUCCUCAAGGGAGGAAAAGCAACAAAAAUUCUGGACUACGGCCGAGACGCCGCUGCAUCAGGAGCAGGAGACAAUAGCACAAAAGCUUUCUUCGGAGCUAAAGAUGGACUUUACGUGUACAACCCAGAGACAAACUCCGCUGACAAAUAUGGACCAAUCACGGAUAGCAUUAUUGCAAUCGAUAUGGAGAAACUUGGUGAAGUAAUUUACAUUUUGACUGAGGAUCGUGACGUGUACAAAGUUACUGAUAACGGUGAGAAGAAAGAGAAAUUAGAUGACGUUAUUAAGCCCAAGCAAAUCGUUUUAGAUUACCAGAACAACCUGUAUUUUUUGGCUGAUGAUAAGAUACCAUACGUCCGCACAGCUGACGGUGUUAAGAAAAUCGAAGGUCUUCCAGAAGCCACAGGGACUGUGACCCUUGUUAAAGCUCCUGUCUUCCUUGAGAAUCAAGCGGUAGUUAUCACUGAUUACAAAGCGUACCUUAUUUCCUCGAACGGUAGCAGUGCAUUUACAGGUAUUGAAUUCCAACCUAAAGCGAUACCAACCGCUCUGGCCCCAGAAGCGACGCUCGUUCAAUACUAUGCUUACGACAAGAAAAUCUAUGAAUACAAUAUAUUGGGUGCAAUUUUUAAAUCUAUCUCAGAAAGUAUCGAUAAUUACUUCGGGAUAAAACAACCUGACCGAAGUGAUGAUUGCACCCAUUUUGGAACUGUUAGAUCUCAAAACCGUUUUUAAAUUCCAAAGAUGGCAAAAUUUAUUUUAUUUUAUUUUAUUGAGAAAGGAGCACACAAAACAGGUUGUAACCCUAAAAAGUCUAGAUAUAAAAAAUAAAUCAGGAUCUAAGUAACCCUUAGUAGGUGUACACAGCAAUACUAAAUAAAUAUAUGCAUCGAAUAACAAAAAUUA